AACUAGUUAACUAACUGUCUAACUUACCAACCGACUAAAUCACCUAUUACCAAGUAAUAGGCAGUUUAAAAACUAACUUAUUACCUAAUAAUAUAUUACUUUUGAUAAUUUAUGUUUCAUACAAUUACGGACUAAUAAUUCUGAAAUAAGAUUCAAUAAAUAAAUAAAUAAUCAAAUACGCAACACUGAUAAAGUGAAUACAAAGUCAUAAAUCACUUAUUUGAUUAAAUAUUUUCUAUAUAUAGACAUAAUAAAACAACUCAUUCAUUACUUAAGUAUUUUCUUAUUAUUAUGGACUUAUUAAGUCAAAUAUUAAAUAAUAUCUGCCAUAUAUAAUUGUGAGGGUUCUUAUACUGGAAAUACUUAUUUCUAUUUUCUUUUCUUUAUUUGACAAAAUCUUGAUUCAACAUUACGUUAUUUUCAAGGAAAUUAAAAAGUUGUCACCAUCAAUUGUAUGUCAGGUAAAUAAAAUGUAAUGACAAACUACAAUCGAGAUGAUGAUAGAAAACGUAAAGAACACAGUUAAUUAUAAAAAAUUAUCUACAAUAAUUUAACAAAAGAGGAAAGCAUUAAGUUCGAUUUAUGGAAAUGAUUCAUUUUAUCAAAUUAAUUUUAUUUUUCCUGUUAAAUACAUUUCCUAUUAAGCCCAAUCACAGCGCAUCGACGUCAUCUACCACGUGGUCUCAUUUCACGUGGUCUAACCCGGAAGUACGUUGCCUGGUCUGUUCCACACUCUGAUCGCAGAUAUAAAGUCUGUCCUGGUGACACGCUGUUGAUCGUUUCCUAACAGAAGUGUCGUGCUCGUGUUGAGCAGCAGCAGCAGCAGUGAUGUGCGAGGAGCUGCGCAGUUUGAAAGCUCAGCUCAGGGAGCAGGAGAGAGACCUGGAUGCUCUGAGGAAGAAGCUGGCUCAGCUGGAGAAGAGUCAUACUCCAGCACUGGAGCUGCAUGACAAAGUGACGCCCCUCACCCCACUGAAAGCCAAACCGGCCCUGAGCAACGAGGACAUCAUGCGGUACAGCAGACAGCUCCUGCUGCCUGAGCUGGGUGUACAAGGUCAGCUGAACUUAUCCAAGACGUCAGUGCUGGUUGUUGGCUGUGGAGGACUCGGCUGCCCCCUGGCGCAGUACCUAGCAGCAGCAGGCAUCGGGCGUCUGGGUCUGCUGGACUACGACCAGGUGGAGCUCAGUAACCUGCACAGACAGGUGCUGCACGGGGAGGAGAACCAGGGCCAGGCCAAGGCUCUGUCCGCUGCCAAUGCAGUGAGAAGGUUGAACUCCACUGUCGAGUGUGUUCCCUACCACCUGCAGCUGUCGUCGGAGAACGCCUUGCAACUCAUCCAACAGUAUGACAUCGUGGCCGAUUGCUCAGACAAUGUCCCCACUCGCUAUCUGGUGAAUGACGCCUGUGUCCUCAGUGGGAAACCUCUGGUGUCAGCAGGCGCCCUGAGAAUGGAGGGACAGUUGACAGUAUAUAAUUACCGUGGAGGCCCCUGCUACAGAUGUCUGUACCCAGUGCCCCCUCCCCCAGAGACGGUAACCAACUGUUCCGACGGAGGGGUGCUAGGAGUGGUUCCAGGGACAAUGGGCUGCUUGCAGGCUUUAGAAGUCGUGAAGAUCGCCUCUGGACUCGGCUCUUCCUGCGGCCAGAAGCUGCUGAUGUUUGACGCUCAAGACGCCAGAUUCAGGUCCAUCAAGCUGCGGCCCAAGCAGGCUGGCUGCGCAGUGUGUGGCGAGAAGCCCAGUGUGACCAAGCUUGUGGACUAUGAGAGCUUCUGUGGGUCGGCCGCCACAGAUAAGUGCCGCAACCUCAACCUCCUCUCCGGGAAUCAGAGGAUCACUGUACAGGAUUAUAAAUCGAUAUUGGACAACGCUGAGCCCCAUCUUUUGUUGGACGUGCGCCCUCUUGUGGAGGUGGACAUUUGCCACUUGCCCUUCUCUCUCCACAUCCCACUCUCCCGUCUAGAGGAGAGAGAGAGUGGACAUAUGCAGUUAUUCCAGGAGCGAAUCAGCCAGUUGAAGCAGCAGACGGCAGGUGACCGCCGGCCUCCAGUGUAUGUGAUCUGUAAGCUGGGUAACGACUCUCAGAAAGCGGUGCAGCUGCUGGAGAAGAUGAGUGGAUCUGAAGUGGACAGUAUCACACUGAAGGACAUCCGCGGAGGCCUCACGUCCUGGUCAAAGAAAAUAGACCCCACCUUUCCACAGUAUUGAUCCAUCAAUAAACUUUUAAUUGAACAA